AUGGGGAGCAUGCUGGGUAAAGGAGGAUGUGGGUCCGUCUAUGCCGCCAUGCGCAAAAGUGACGGCCAACAGCCUGGGAGUGCCUUGUCCCUGGAGGUGGCCCUGAUGCAGAUCAUCUCGCGGCCCCCGUCCUGCUGCUACGUGCUGGGCCUGCUGGAAUGGUUUGAGGAGGCUGAGCAGUUCAUCUUGGUGCUGGAGAGGCCGUAUCCCUGCAUGGACUUGUUCAACUUCAUCGAGGAGCUGGGCGGCCGGGUGGACAAGUGUCUGGCCAGGACCAUCAUGAUACAGGUGGUGCUGGCUGUUCGGCACUGCUGCGUCCGGGGGGUCCUGCACCGAGACAUCAAGGCUGAGAACCUGCUGGUGCAGCCAGACAACCUGUGGGUCAAGCUCAUCGACUUUGGCUUUGGAGACCUGCUGAGAGAAUCGUCCUAUAGAGACUACUCAGGUACAGAAGAGUACUGUCCUCCAGAGUGGGUGCUGAGUGGUGUGAACCAGGGCCGCCACGCCACCAUCUGGUCACUGGGGGUACUGCUCUACGGCCUGGUGUGUGGGCGCCUGCCCUUCAACAAGGAGGCUGAUAUCAGCGCUGGGCGCCUGCGCUUCAAAAAGGGCCUGACUAAAGGUGUGGGGGGAGACGUGCUGUUGCUAUGUACCAAGUGUGAGGAGUUGAUCAGCUGGUGUCUGCAGCGGGAUCCCACUAAGAGGCCUGUUCUGGAACAGAUCCUCCUCCACGACUGGAUGGCUGAGGGAGAGGUGACCCAGGGGGAGGGUUGA